AAGUGGCCCAUUUUCCCCGAUCCGUUGCCGCCCAGCUGCCACCCAGCAGCCGGGUUGACGUAGCGCCGCUGCCACAAUGCGGAACCAGGAUGCAGAAGGCCGUGGAAGCUACGAGUUGGGAUCCCCACAAGUGGCAGGGGAAGAACGUGGCGUCAGUUUGCUGGAGGAAAGUCAGGAAAGUCAGGAAAGCCCUGCGGAACCUCCACCAGUGCGAAUUUUGUUGCUGGCUUUCAUGAUCAUGUUCCAAGGUUAUGGGGUGAUGAAUGGCAACCCCGCGCACGCCUUGAAGAUGAAGCUGGACUUACCUCCAAGUGAAGCAGCGGCAUUUCAAAACGCGACAGCCUCGUUUCAACUCUCAAAACUUCUCAUGCGAAUCUUGCAGAUUUCUUUGCUGGUCUUCUUACAACCAAAUGGCAUAGUGUACUUGGCCUAUGCCAUCAUGUUUGUAGCCUUGCUCAUUCCCAUCAUCUUCGUGUGGGGUGAGGACAUGAAGGACCUGUCGGUGGUUUACCUGCAAUAUACGCUGGGAGGAAUUGCCAUUGGUCUCUUUGAGGGUACCUUCCUGAGCAUCAUCAGCGUCUUGGGUAAGAAAACCAAGACCUUCGCCAUCAUGGGAGCGCCCUUGGGGUUUGCCGUGCACAAUAUCCUGCUAGGCUCAGUGCUUCCUGCGGGAUAUGAAGUGCUCUACUAUGUGUAUUCAGCAGCUUGCAUUCCAGUUGCGGUGGCGAUCUUCUACUUCUACGCGCCGCUGGCUGAUGCCAAUUCUCAGGGCAAAGGGUGCCAGAUCUUUUUGAAAUCUUUGCAGCAGCCCCAGCAAUGGCUUCUAGCCAUGUUGCCUUGGUUUCUGGCCAAAUUUGCAGGAAAUUUUGUCAUGGAGGAUGCCUUUCCACUGCUGUACUUGACCUUCAAUACCCCCCAUGUGCCUUUGUUUGCGCCGUCCAGCACCAGCCCAACGAUUCCCUUCAAGUACUACACCGCCUUCUACUACUUCGUUCUGAUGGCUCUGGGGGAUACCAUCAGUCGACGAGUGCCUGAGGUCUUGAACCUCAGCACCGGGAAAGCUUGGGGCUUUUGGAUUGCGACCUCCAUCCUUUUGUGCAUCGCAGGUGAGGUUUUGAACUUUUUGCUGAUACCCAUCAUCACCGGCUUCGCUGCCUUCAUUGCAUACUUCGGCAAUGGCCUGGUCUAUGGCCUCUCAGCUCAGUACAUUGAUGCCUAUAUUGCAGCGGAACAUCGCUACACCGCCUACAACCUCUGGUGCUUUGCGGGGGACCUGGCAGGCUACGCGGGGCAAGGUGCUUUGUCGGUGAAGAUCGCAGAGUCGGCCUGUGAAGGCAGACAUUACACCUACAUAUGCCACAAAUCUCAGGAAGUUUGGGACUGAAACUUAGAUCCCAACAAAAUCCAGUGGUAGAAACAUCAUUUCGCCAUAUUUUCCAUAAUUAAAUUUGAAGUGGCAUGAAGUGGCUAUUUGGGGGUAUCCCCUUAUUCUCAGAAAGACCCAGAUGGAACUAGCUACCGAUGGAAGCACCAGAGAAGUGGUGGAUAAUAAUGGAUAUAAUGGUUUUGUGCGUUGAGCGGAAAAGAAGAAA